UCCUACCCUGCCGGAACUAGACCAUCGAGGAUGUCAUAGCGUAGCCUCUCCCAGUCAGGCUCCGUAGGCUUCCUGUUGUCGACGAGAAUGUUAUCAAGUCGCCUCCCUUUCGGUAAUGCCCCGUACGCCUUUGUGAAAGCCUUCGCUUCAGCACUAAUAUCCUCACUUUCAUAGAUGUUUGGCAAGUAGCGUUCCAUCCAUUUUUUGCUGGGCAGGGGCUUGAAUCCGUUCGCUCUCAACGCUUCUCGCUCUGCAGGGUACGUAACGUGGAGCCAGUAGCGAAAGACAUCCGUCGCGGCUCGCAUACCAGCCGUACUCGCCGCUCCCUCUGCAGCCUGCUUCAUUGACGGAUGAUGUCUCGCUCGGUGGUACAUCAUAUUGACGGCCUGAAAUUAGUAGAGCAGAGAGCGCUGCUUGAUGAGCUCGGGGGUGCGGAGAGCGGCAGCUUUGUUUUCGAAUUCACUGCCAUGGAUGGCCGAUGCAGGAUUAUCGUCGGUGUAUAGAUGGGAGGCCUUAGGGUCCUUCGCUCUAGCCUUGCUUAUAGGCGUGCUUCACACUGUCUUCGCAGCUCGUGAAGUAGCUACCUUUGGCAUAUUGUACGCUGCUAUGUGCGCAGCUGAUGGCAUUGUCGUUGUACGAAGGCUGUAUCAUCAAUGGAAAUGUACCACGGCAAGGGGAGAAAGAUUGUCGAGAUGUCCUUGCGGAAGAAAGUUCGUGCUACAAUCCCUACCUUUGAUCGUAACGUUGCUGUAUAAGCGUGAGAGACCUCGAACGCUUAGGGAAUUCAGCACAAGCCGUCAAGACAUCGUUAAUAUCGAGACUGUGUUUGUAUUAUUACGCACUCAUCGGCCUGAAGCCCCAGACUGCUAAGAGUGCAUGCCCAGGUGUAUGCGAAUAGCCAACG